AUGAGUUGCUCAUAUAUUCUUAUUAAAAGGAGAAGGGAAGAGCUUUCAUGGGCGAGAGAUGUAGAUCGCCAUGGAAUUAGUAUCGUAGGAAAUUACAAAGGCAUGCGAUUUAUCGUCAAAUGCAUCGAUACGAGCGAGAAAGUAAGCAUCGAUAUCGUUGAAGAACUGAAUGAGGUCAUGCCUGAUGAUCCCAAUUUGCUGAGGAUCAUCGUUACAAGUGGAGGAGGUUUUACAAAAGAAUCAUUGGAGUUCGAAAAGAAAAAUAUUUUUUGUCUCCUUACCGACAAUAAUCACUUGGUUUCAGAUCUUAUGGAUCGUUAUAUGAUGAUUGAAGAUGAAAGAAUCGAAAGAAUGAUUGAAAUCGAAAGUAUGAUUGAAAAUGAAAGAAUGUUUGAAACCGAAAGAAUGUUUGAAAACGAAAGAAUGAUUGAAAAUGAGAGAUUCUUAAUUUUAAUUUUGAUGGGGGGCAAGUUAACUAAUAUAAGAAUAAUAUUUGUUAUGCUAUUUUCACCCUUUGCAAUUUAUUAUCUUUUAUCUCUUUUAUCUCCAUUCCUUCGCAGUAUGUUUGUAUAA